AUGUCAAACGAAAUGGAAGUGGAUCCCCCUGUGACCCAGGAUGACGUCCCCGAGCAACAGGAGCGCGGCUUCGAGCCUCACACACAAUCCGGCGCGGUCGCCGUGCGCAGUAUUGAGGGUUGGAUUGUCAUUGUGUCAAACAUUCACGAAGAAGCGUCAGAGGAAGACAUCACCGAACUCUUUGCAGAGUAUGGUGAAAUCAAGAACUUCAACUUGAACCUGGAUCGACGCACAGGUUAUGUCAAGGGAUAUGCGCUUAUCGAAUACUCAACCCUCCCAGAAGCUACCGAAGCCAUCAAAAACCUGAACGACACGAAGCUCCUUGACCAAACUAUCCACGUCGACUACGCCUUCGUUCGCCCACCUCCGGCCGCAAAGGGCAAGGGAGGCCCGAAAGGAAAUCGGGGUGGUCGGGGCCGUAGCCGCAGCCCAAACCGGAGCCGCAGUCCCGAAGCUGAGCACAACUAG